CUUCUUCUGUCUGGUAGGGUCGGGUAGAGACCCUUGCUGAGAAUCCUGCGUGCCAUUAGCAGGCAGCUACAGCAGUGGGUUCCCGGGGCUGUGGCUUAGAUGAGUCCAGCGAAGCAGCUGUGCUCAGUUUCAGCGAGGAAAGAGUUAAGGAGCUCCGUCUUCCCCUGUGCCCGGGAGGCAGCCUUUGUGUUUAACAUUGGCAGGGGCUCAGUUCGGGCUGGAGGUUUGUUUUAAUUGGGGGAGGGGGCAGUGAAGAGGGGACGCUCCGACUUCUUCAGUCUGUCUCUUUCGUUCACUGUUUUAGCGGAGGUGGAGAUUUUCAAUUCCACCCAGUCAGACGCAGGCAGGAGGAUCUGGUAAGACUAUCCCAGGAAAAGCCACUCCGAAGAAAUUCUCCGAGGCAGCGGCGGCGGCGCCGGCAGUCCCAGCAUGAGGUUUCUCUCUGCAGGUGAAAAAGUGAGAAGUAUCUCACUGAAAUACUGAAGAAAAAAGUGAAGCUCUUGUCUCACUGAACUUGCUCACUGGGGACUUCAGGAUGGAAGCCUUGUGUUUAAGAGUUUCCUUGCUGCUGCUGGUCCCGGGAUUUAUCCUCAGUGACAGCUCUGACAGAGACGUUUCCAAUCGGAGCGACUCGGGAAACCCCCUUUCCACCUACUCAGGGAUGGAAUCCAGCAUUCUCCUCACCACCAUGCAGCCCCCAGUGUCCAACCAGACUGUCAAAUGCUCCCAGCAGACUAAGAUUGCUGAAACUUUCAAAUACAUUAACACCGUGGUAUCCUGUGCUAUUUUCAUCAUUGGGAUGGUUGGGAAUGCAACUCUGCUGAGGAUCAUUUAUCAGAACAAGUGUAUGAGGAACGGCCCGAACGCGCUGAUAGCCAGCCUGGCACUGGGAGACCUUAUCUACAUUGUCAUUGAUAUCCCCAUCAUCGUGUACAAGCUCCUCGCUCAGAAGUGGCCUUUUGGAAAUACAGAAUUUGGACAGUUUCUUUGCAAAUUCCUUCCCUUUAUCCAGAAGGCAUCAGUGGGAAUCACAGUCCUUAACCUGUGUGCCCUUAGUGUGGACAGGUACAGGGCAGUUGCAUCCUGGAGCCGUGUUCAGGGGAUUGGAAUCCCCAUGAUCACUGCUAUUGAAAUUUUCUCCAUUUGGCUUCUGUCCUUCAUACUGGCCAUCCCAGAAGCAAUUGGCUUUGCCGUGGUACCUUUCAAAUACAAGGAUGCAAGUUAUGUAACCUGCAUGCUCAAACCUACAAAUGAUUUCAUGCUGUUUUACAAAGAUGCAAAGGAUUGGUGGCUGUUUGGUUUCUAUUUCUGCAUGCCGCUGGCAUGUACUGCCAUCUUUUAUACGCUAAUGACUUGUGAAAUGUUAAACAGAAGAAACAGCAACUUGAGAAUUGCUCUCAGUGAACACCUGAAACAGCGCCGAGAAGUUGCCAAGACAGUUUUCUGCUUAGUUGUGAUUUUUGCUCUUUGCUGGUUCCCUCUCCAUCUGAGCCGGAUUUUGAAGAAAAUGGUAUAUAAUGAAAAAGACCCCAGCAGAUGUGAACUGCUCAGUUUCUUGCUGCCCUUGGAUUACAUCAGCAUCAACCUGGCAACCAUGAACUCUUGUAUAAACCCCAUAGCUCUGUAUUUUGUGAGCAAGAAGUUUAAAAACUGUUUCCAGUCAUGUCUUUGCUGUUGCUGCUCCCAGUCUAAGAGUUUGGUGACUUCAGUGCCCAUGAAUGGAACAAGCAUUCAAUGGAAAAACCAAGAACUAAACAAUCACAAUACAGACCGAAGCAGCCAUAAAGACAGCAUAAACUGAGAAUUAAGGACUCUCACACCAUUUCAGAAUGAAACAGGAAAAUAAAAGUCACUACAAAGCUAUUGCAACAGGAAGCCCAGUGACUGUUUCAUAACAAAUUCAGACAUGUGCACCAUUGUACCUAAUUCUAGAGGUGACUGAGUAGAUGGAGUGAGUGUAACUGUGAUGUCCUGUGAACUGAGAUCCACUGGAUGAUAAUUCUGCCUCUGAAAGGAUAUUGAUGUGAUUAUGACACAAAAAACUGGCUUGAACUAUACAAGUGGUUUUGCUAUUCUGAAGCAGGCAGGAACUGUCCAGUGUCUGUGACUGGUACAAUGCAAUCUUUUUACCAUUGAUUGUCACUUCAAAUUAAUCACUCUGGAACUUUUGAGAAGAUAUCAAAAUGGAAUCUAUCUGUGACUAUAUUUUCUCUCUGCCCAUCUGUCUUUUAAGUUCUGUUUCUGUGGUGGAUAAAGUCCAUGCACCAGUCUGUUUUGCAUGUUGUUGUGUUGCUGUUUUUCAGGUUUAUGUUAGAAAAUGUUUUGGUCCACACCAGCAUUUUACCUAUGUUACAAUGGAUCGGGACAUUAGCUGGGCAGUUCACAUUUGUAGCACUUCAGUAUUCAAAUAUAGGAAGAGACCAUUUAAACAGCAUCAACAUUUGGCACUUAAGCACAGAUUAAUACCAAGAAAAGAGGUAUUAAUAAUACAGUACUAUACUGUGUUAUUUAUUCUAAUGCUCUGUACAAAAUAAACAUAAUCUGUAUCAGUGAAAAGAAUGGAAGAUGCUCACAGAUGGGCACCUUACAAUGUGUUUUUAUUAACCUGACAUGUUAAUUCUUAAACUAUAUGAACCUUUUAAUCUAUUUAGACUACACCUGCAUUAAAUCUAAGUUGAAAUGAGGGUCAGUGGAACAUAGUGAAACAUUAUUAAAGCUGUUCACAGCGUUCUGAGAAUAUGAGCAGAGCAGAGCAUUAUUAUCAGAGCAGCUAUGCACUCUGUUUUCACAUUGUGAACACGAGGUUAUAGUCAGAGUGAAUGUAGAAAUGUGGAAGUCCAUAAGAGUUGGAUGUGCAGAGGAUAUUUUGUGCCUUAUUUCUUACAGAGUUCUCUGUCUUACACAACACUCAAAGAUUUUAAUGGGUUUUAAUAGGUUAUCAGCAUUGUUAACCAUACAAAUGCUAUUAAAAAUAUAUAGAAGCUAUUGCUUGCAUAUAUGUAAACUGAUGGUUUCCUUAUUAUUUCCAUCCAUUAAGGCUACACGGCAAGAGAUUCCAGUUUGCCUAUAAUAUUUUUUAAUAGGUAGCCUUUCAUUAAAUGGUGGAACUCAAUAGUGUGGUGUCAUAUAUGAUAUGUUUCAUGCACAAAUCUGUUAGGCAAUUUAUAGCAUCUUUUAUGCUAGGCUAAGAAGCAGUAAUCAAAAUUCCACAAAUUUUUAAACAUCCAUUUCCUUUCCAGUGAAAGAUGGAAUCCUGCAUAGUUUUAUUUAAGAGGUCAAAAUGCUAGUGCCUACAGUGACUUCUGCUGCACAAGUUUCCUCAAUGUUUACAUUCACACAAAUCUUCUGAAGUAUAUUUAAAAAAAGGUUCUUUAAAUUGGUUUGUGUAUUUUUUAUGUGCUUUUGUCUCUGUGACAUAUAUGCCUGUAUAAAUACAUACAAAUCCAUGUUCAUAUGUUAUAAACCUAAAUACAGUCUUCUGACAGUGCUCUGUGGUAGAGCCUAAGAGCAUGGUAUGGAAUGAGACUUGGCUGAAUUUUACUUAGAACAUUUCAUCCUCAAACUGUAUCAGAAAGCAGAAUGAGUGACAAUGCUCUCCUUUCAGAAUACUGAAUUACUGAGUCUCUUUACAUCCUGAAAUCUUCCCUGCUGCUUUGACUGAACUUUUUGAGGAGAUGAUAAAGUUAAACAGAAAAAAAGACAUGAGGAAUGUAUUUAACUUGUGAAUUGCUCCUCCUUUAUUUCAAGGCAGAAAAAGCUUUGUGUGCAUUCCCCUUUUCUGCUAUUUACCUGAUGGCAAGAUGAACAAAAACAUUUUAUACACCUGCAAAUCAGUAAUGUGAUUGCUCAGAGACAAUGCUUCUACCUGUCUACAAAAGACAGUAAGCAAUCUAGGUCAGUUUAGUGUUCUUAACUUCUACCAAAAAAGCCCCAUCUACCCACAAAAGUUACAGACUGUGAAAUGGGUCACUUUUAUGCUUUACAAGCACUGAUGCAAAUGGCCAGUCACAAAAAUCUAAAAUUUUUCCUUCCAGGACUGACAUUUCCAACAUCUAUUGCCUUCAACCCAAGAGCUGGCUCUGUUAUGUGGCAGAGACACAUGACACACAAAGCAUCCUUUAAACCACCCCAGCCUAGAUGGAAAACUAUUUUCCUACUCCUCAUAAUGCUGACUGACCUUAGCAGCAGCAUAAAAAAAUACAAAACUUUUUAACUAAUGAAAAGAAGAGGGUAAAAAUUAACUAACAGAAGUGAGAGGUAUUUUUUAGAACCCUUUAAAAUUAUUUUAGUGAGCUUACUUAAAGAUCAGAGCCUGCUAACUGGUGACCUUCAUUCCCUUUCUCCAACCAGUGGAAGGACAGAGAGAGUUUAAAUAACAGUGACAAGUGAGGUCCUGGGAGGUCUCAUACUCUUUUUUACUGGUGGCUGCUGCUCCCACUCACAAACAAGUUGUAAGAACAAAGGGUGCUUGAUGUGGCAGCUGCAGAGAUGACGGGAAAAUGCUUCUGAAAAACUUCCCAAGGUACUUUUAAAAUUCUCUCCUCUUCUUCACACUGAGAAUGGUAAAUAUUCCUCCUGGUACAGUAUCUACCCUCAUUUCUGAAAAAGCUGACUUUCAAAAAGAGCCAACAAAAGUAUUCCACAAUUCUGGGGUCACACAGAAGCUGCUUUCUCUUUUACAUCAGUACAACUUUCCAAAAGUAUCCUUCCAUUCUUUUCUUAUUUUAUAGACAUUUUUAAUCCUGCUGUUUGCAUCAAUCUCAACUGAACUUAGCCUAGCUUUUCUCUGCAGAUAACAGGGUCUAAUUCACAAGCUUCAGACUAAUUUCAUAAACUUUUUGUCUGUUCAUCAUAAUCAAAACCCAUUUAACUGUCACAUUCAUCUUUUUUUUUUUGCGGACUUCAGAAUACCCAACUUUUGUCAGACUACUCAGUGUAAAAUUUCAUUGACAGUCUUACUUCUUAACUUAGUUUUAGAAUUCAGCUGUUCUCUUUGUUUUCAAUAUGCAUUUCAAUAUGCACCACCAUACUAUUUUUUUCAAACUCCCUCACUAAACAUUUCCUCUUUGGUAUAUUUUAUACUUAUUUACUUCAAGGAGACAGCAUACAUGGGUUUUUCACUUAUAUCUUUGCCUGUAUUUAUUUAUUUACAUAUGAAACUCUGUACUUCAGACCUGACCUAGCCAGCUCCUGUGCAUUAAAAAAAGUAGAUCAUAAAUCUCACCUGACAAAACCAUUAGCUUGGUUCUAAGAAAAGAUACUUAUGCUACCCUCAUAUCUGAAUAUUUUGUUUUUGAUUUUAAUACUGUCAGUUUUAGGUGUUUCCCUGUCUGUCCCUCCAUCCUUCCAAACCAACUAUCACUCCCCUGUCCAAUUACAAUAAAUUUUACAGAACAGUUAUCAUCCUUAUGAAGCUACAGAGAAUUUCACCAGAAUUGCAGGAUGGCAGGAAGAACAAAAUUCUACUCGUGCUCUAUGCAGAAAAUUUCAGAAAUGUAGUUUGUACAUAACAAUAAAUCUACUUGAUAGAAAGAUUUUAUGAACAUUACAGAUGCAGAAAAAGCCUUGAUCAGAGCAUGCAACUUGUAAGACAUCUGAGAAUCAAACCACAACCCACAAAUUCUUGGAAGUCAGUAUUUGUAAGUUCCCUUGCUUGUGGAAUUACUUGCUGCCUCUUUUUAUUUUAUAUUUUAUUUUUAUAUGCCUCUCUUUCAUCAGUUACAUAUUUACUGCAAUCUUGUUGCUAUAUAAUUUGAUUCUGUGAAGCCUUAUGGGUUUCAGUGUGUGAGAAGACAUGGUACAAAUUCAAAUUCUGCUGCAUUUGUAUGAACAGAUGCCUGCUCAAAUGUCCCUGAGGCAAAGCACGAAUUUUCAUUAGAAGAAACACCGGGACAGCACACUAACAUUGCCUUGCAAAGUUUCUUCCACGCAAUCAAUGCUGCAAAGUAUUGGCUCAGCAAAGUAUUCCUAAUUUACACUCCUCACUCUUUCAAGGACUAAAUAAAGGCAAUUCUCCAAACUCAGAGUAAAAGAAGACACAUAAAAAUUUUACAGACCAGAAACAGCUCUCAAGUUGCAUAGGAAAAAAAAAAAAAAAAGACAUCAACCCCAGGCAUGUUUAAAAUGUAGCUCUAAAAGAAAUGCAGCUUAUCAUUAGUCCAAGUGUGGGAAAGGAAGAUAUGAAAUAAAUUUAAAAAUGUAGGUCAUCUCCAGUUUCUCUAAAGGAAGAUGAGAUGAACUGACCUCUACUAUCUCAUCUAGAAUCACUUUUCCCCUGUACAAACACUACUGCUUCUGAACUGAGCUGACACUUGAGUCACACCCUUGCAGUCCUGUUAGUUACAGUAGCUUAUUAUUACAACAAUAAAGCUCAACAAAGUGUUACAAGUCAGGAAAAAAAAAAACAAUUUGAACUUCAGGAGCACUCUGCCCACAUUUCUGAGAGUAACUCAGUGUCUGCCAACUGCUCUGAAAUCAAUUAUUUGGUGCAUCUCAGAAUAAGGCCUUUACUUCAAUCUCACUGUCUUAGUCCUUGGGAGCAAAAAGAUUGAGAAUUUACUGAAUCAAGCAUCCAGAACAAUUAAUGGGAAGCACUUCCAAGCUCUCCAAGAGAACAUACCUCCUGCUACAUGUUUUAACCAGAGGGGAAGAUUAGAAAUCCACCAUUACACCACCAUUCUAUCCAGUAGCCAAUCCUCAUAUUUAUUGAAACAUCUGUGUCUCAAGGUUUUUUUGUUUUCCCCCUCUAAAAUUGUUGUGCAGUGGUCUCUUUGGUAUUGCCUCUGAAUAAAGUAUACAUUUGGAUUAGCUUUCUUUCCAAUA